CUUUACAUGUUGAAUGGGUUACAGUAUAUCCUAGAUACAAUAUGUGUGCAGAACCGAACAGUUCUCUUGUUGCACAGGGAGAAUUGGAUUCAGAAGGUAUAAAUAACCCGGGAAGAAAAAGAGAAAUGCAAACAGUUUAUAUUCAUUUCCCAAUGUUCUUUCUUUGGGUAUAGCUGCUUCUGAUUGGAUGGGCUCCUUUUAAGGACAAUUUUGUUUGACCUCUGAUGUAAAAGGGUUCAAACCUAAGGAGAAGGAAAACUAAUGGGAGGAAAGUCCCCAUAGGGGAAGAAAUGGAAUAACAGGGUUAGAAAUAGGCCCAGGCCACUUCCAAAGAUCUUGUGAUGGAGAGAAUGAUCUACAUCUAGAGAGAGGACUGUGGAGACUGACUGUAGAUCACAACAUAGCAUUUUAUUGUUGUUUGCUUGCGUUUUAUUUUCUUUCUCAUUUUUUCCCUUUUGAUCUGAUUUUUCUUGUGCAACAUAAUAAUUAUAGAAAUAUGUAUAGAAGAAUUGUACAUGUUAAAGAUAUAUUAGAUUACUUGCUAUCCAGGAGGAAGGGGGGGAAUUUGGAAUAUAAGGUUUGCAAAGGUCAAUAUCAAAAAAUUAUCCAUGCGUAUGUUUUGAAAAUAAAAAUAACUUUAAUUAAAAAAAGAAAAAGAAAAAAUAGGCCCAGAAGGUGCUAAAAUAUCCAACAUGUCCUGGUCAUUGUGAAAACAGGGUAAUGUACUUUUCAGUUCCUUUCAUACACCUCUCUCUCCAUCUCUCUUCCUCCCUCCAUUGCAAUCUUUGGAUGUCCUCAAUUUAAUUUUAGCCAACGUUUAUUAAGUACUAGCCACUUGAAAAGAGUACUAUACUCAGUCCAGAUAUUCUUGGAGAAGUGGAACAGUUCUGGAAGGCUUCCUGAAGGCAGAGGCAGUUGUGGGGGGCGGGGGAGGUAUAGAAGAAGAGAAGGAUCUGGGGCUAAAAGCAGCACCCUCAUUUCUCUGCCCAGAGUUGCAGGCUCUGAUGAGCCAGCUGAAUGUGGGGAUGAAGGCUGAGGAGGUCCAUCACCAUCACAGCAAUGAAGAGCACCACCAUCAUCACGGAAAGAAUGGCCUGGAAUCCAAGACAAACAGCCAGCUAAGGACUCUUCAAAAGACCCAGCUGAGGGACUCUGACAGUGUAUGGGACACAGUAUGCCUGAGUGUCUCAGAUGUCCUGGAGGUAUAUGAGUUGUCAGAAAAGGAAGGGGUAUCCCCAGAGGCUUGGGCCCAGCUCAGCCCAGCCCUACUCCAGCAACAGCUCAGUGGGGCCUGCUUAUCUGUUCAAUCCUCCUCCCAGGAGCAGCUCAGGCUCAGCAAGUCUGAAAAAUACCUAUAUAGCUCCCUAGCUGUGCUGAUCAUCUGCCUCGCCUCCGUCUUCGGCCUGGUGGUUCUGUUCUGUGCCUCCUGCAAGGAUAUCUCCCACUAUGUCAUCCAAACCUUCCUGGGCAUGGCCGUGGGUUCCUUAACUGGAGAUGCUGUACUUCAUCUCAUCCCUAAGGUACUUGGCCAACACUCCCAUGGGAGCGAAGGUGGGCAUGGAGGGCAUGGAAGUCCUGAGCUUGUGUGGCGGCUCUUGGGUGCAUUGGGAGGCUUCUAUUCCUUCUUCCUCCUUGAGAGCCUCUUCAACAUCCUGCUGCCUCGAGAUUCCGAGGACAAGGAAGAGAGCAGUACUUGCAACCACAGCCACGGAAUGCCCCUGCAGAUGGUGAAGAAUGAACUGUCUCACCAGAAACAGCAACAGCAGCCCGAAGGCUCCAGGACAGACCUGGUGUCAGAGGAGAACCCAGAAAUUUCUAGUCGGCAUCGCAAAAACCUGAGCCGCGAGCUGCAGCUUCUCCCCUACAUGAUCACUCUUGGAGAUGCCCUUCACAAUUUUGCAGAUGGGUUGACGGUGGGUGCCGCCUUUACUUCCUCGUGGAAAACGGGUCUGGCUACCUCCCUGGCUGUACUGUGCCAUGAGGUGCCCCACGAACUCGGGGACUUUGUUGCCCUGCUCCACGCAGGGCUGUCAGUGCGUCGCGCCAUGCUGCUGAACGUGGUCUCGAGCUUGACAGCUUUUGCUGGGCUCUACGUGGCUCUGGGCAUCGGGUCCAACGAGGAAAGUGAGAUCUGGAUCCUCGCGGUGGCCAUUGGGCUCUUCCUCUAUGUGGCGCUCUGUAACAUGCUGCCAUCAAUGAUGAACGUGAAGGACAAGAGACCCUGGCUGCUCUUCUCCCUGCACAAUCUGGGGCUCCUAAGUGGCUGGGCCAUCCUGCUGGUGCUAUCCCUGUAUGAGGAGAACAUCACCUUCUGAUCCCUCGCUCACCUCGUUGGCUACCUGACUGACAUCUGACCCUUCACUGUCCACCCUCUACUCUCCAUCUCUGAACUGGGCUCAGCAUAGCCUUCUGGCCUCUGACUUCUGACCCCUCCUGUCAACUUGUGUAAUGCACUAGACACUUCUCUGGGAUGCUCUUUGAUAAUUCCUGAGUUGGGGUGCCCCUAGGUGCCCUCCCCACCCCUAUUACCCUCUGGAUCUUUUGAGAUCCUUUCAUUAGGGCCUGAGAAUUUCUACAAAAUACUUUUAACACAGUCUAAAAUGCAUACAUAACUUCCACCAAAAGGGUGAGGAGGGGCUCGUCUCUCACUAUCCCCCAUCCCCACGGCUUUCUAAUCUCCAGUGAUUUCAUGGUCCUAGAUAGCAGUUUCAUGGAACUCAUUCCCUCGGGCCUCUGGGAGUUCCAACUGCACCUUUUGUGCUAGACACAGGGGAGCAGGGUAGCCCAGAGGGAAUUCCAGAAGACUUGCAAACCUAUUUUUUUUUCCUUUUUCUCAGCUGCUUCAGUGGGAAGGAGGGGAAGAAAGAAAGGAAAGAGGGACUCCACUGUGGAAGGGGAGCAGGAUAGAGUUCCGGACAGAUAUUGGAUGUCUAUACAAAGUGGACAUCUUUCUGCUUAGCUAGAAAUGGGACAAGAUGCCCUGGCUCUUCCCUUUGACAGUAUAAUUCUCUGUGAUAUUUUGAGACUAGAUUAGAGAAUUUUAUCUAUAAUGGUUGUGGUCUUUGCCAUAUCUCACAGAUAGCAUCCUUCCCUAUGGUUGCCCUAAUAUGGAGGGCAAAGCUAGGGAUGUUCUCCCAGUGUGCAGAGAUGAAGUGCCACUAUGAUGGGGGGAAGACUGUAACCCACAUCUCCUAGAUCCUAGAUCCUAGUAAAAAAGGGAGUGAAAUUGUAUGUGUGUGCGCGUGUGCAUGUGUGUGUGUGUGUGUGUGUGUGUGUGUGUGAAGGAUGGCUAGAGAAGUAAUUAUAUGAGAUUUUCUGAACAUGUCGGAGAUCUGACGUUAGACAAAAGGAUUCUAUGGUGAAAUAAUCCUAGAUGGGUUUAUAAAACUUUUUCUGUGUCCUGCGUUCCUUUGGCAGUUUGAUGAUGCCAAAGGACCCCUUAGAAUAAUGUUUUAAAAUGUAUAAAAUAAAAUAUAUAAAACGAUAAAAUCAA